AUGUCGUUGUACUUCCUUAUUUUAUUACUAUUACUGGAGUGGAAGAUUGGCAUCUUGCGCUGGAUGUUACAAAUGCUCCAACAUACGUUCGAGCGGUAUACCGCUCCCCAAAUUGAGGUGCCAUCUCCUAAACUGUUCUUCGACGAGGCUCCCGCGGUGGGGCCGCUGAGCCCGCAUGCAGGUCCUGAGGGGUUCAUUCAGUGCUAUGAUAAGGGCACCAACGUACCUCUGGGGACGGUGAAGGCAUACACCAGCGACGACGUCCGGGCCGCCGUCGCUAAGGCCCGUAUCGCACAGCGCGUCUGGGCUCUCACCCCCUUCUCCACCCGUCGCCGUCUUUUGUUCGCCCUGAUGGAUUACAUUUUGGACCACCAACAGGAGAUCGCUCGGACGGGGUGCAUCGAGGGCGGCAAGACCAUGAUGGACGGUGCCCUCGGUGAGCUUCUGACGACUUUUGAGAAGCUGCGUUGGACAGCCGCAAAUGGGGAGGAGGUGCUCAAGGAGGAGGUUCGUGAUGUAGGCCUCAUCGCGAUUCAUAAACGAGCCGCUGUUAAUUACGUUCCUUUUGGGGUCAUUGGUGCAAUUGUAUCGUGGAACUACCCCUUUCACAACAUCUACGGGCCCAUGAUCUCAGCCCUGUUUGCCGGCAACGCUUUUGUUGGAAAAGUAUCUGAGUAUUCAUCCUACUACGCGGCGUAUUAUCAAUCUAUUGUGCAUAAAGGGUUGUUGGAAUUGGGUUACUCGUCUGAUCUCGUCACUUUUAUUACUGGCUUCGCGGAGGCUGGUGAGGCGCUUGUGUCAUCAGUUGACAAACUCACCUUUAUAGGCUCCCCGGGUGUAGGGAAGAUCGUUAUGCGCAAUGCUGCAUCAACAUUGACUCCGGUCGUGCUUGAGCUUGGCGGCAAAGAUGCCGCGGUGAUUUGCGAUGACGCCGACCUGGAUCAAGUUAUUCCAAUUAUCAUGCGCGGCACUUUCCAGAACUGCGGGCAGAACUGCGUUGGCCUCGAGCGUGUUGUGGUGCACGACGCCAUCCAUGACCGACUCGUGGAGGAGCUUACCAAGCGGGUACGCAUCCUAACGCAGGGCCCUGCCUCGCAAGGGCAGUACGACCUCGGUGCCAUGACGAUGGGUUCAGCGGCGAUUGAGAAACUACAGCGUCUCGUGGACGACUCCGUCGCGGCCGGCGCGAAUCUGGUGUGUGGAGGCAAGGCAACUACUUACAACUUCUUCCCACCCACCAUUUUGACCAACGUUAGGGCGACGCACGCCAUCGCGCAGGAGGAGGCUUUUGGACCGGUACUUGUAGUCAUGCGAUUCAAAAAUGAUAAAGAGGCCAUUGAGAUUGCCAACGCGUGCCCUUACAGUCUUGGUUCCAGUGUCUUUAGCAUGAACCAGGAGCGUGCCAGGUACAUUGCAGACCGUCUCCGCACUGGAAUGAUCAAUAUCAAUGACUUUGGCAUCAAUUACCUCUGCCAGUCUCUGCCUUUUGGUGGUGUCGGCAUCAGCGGCUUCGACCGCUUCGCUGGCCGGGAGGGAUUACGUGGAAGCUGUAUUGUGCGUGCCUCCACAUCAGACCGAAUUCCCGGUAUGAAAACUACCAUUCCACCACUAUUGCAGUAUCCCAUUUCAUCCAAAUCGUUUGACUUUAUGCAGAACUUGUGUAAUAUGCUCUACGGCCGUGGGCUAGGCGUGAUGAAGUCCACGUUUAAUUUAUUCAUGUCUAAACCUGAAGCUAAGCCCAAGCAGGAAUAA